AUGGCAGAUAUUUUGGAAGUUAACAGUCUCCAAGUAAGGACACAAGUGGGAUUCAGCCCCCACGAGCUGAACAAGCUCCAGGAGAUCAAUAUCACAUUCAAACUGUACACAGACACUUCAACAGCUGGGCAAACUGAUGAUAUUCAACAUGGUAUCAACAUCAAACCUGUCUGUAAAGAAAUCAUCAGCCACGUACAAGGAAAGAAAUACGCGCUAAUAGAGGCUAUCGCUGAAGAUGUCGCCUGUAUCUGCUUACACAGUGGAGAAAACCUAAGGGUAGAUGUGAAGAUUGAGAAACCGAACGCUAUCCGUUUCUCCAAGUUUUCAGCGGUCACCAUCAGUCGGGUGCUAUCAGAUCUACCCUCAUAUGACGUCAUCAUCUCCAUCGGUUCAAACAUUGAGCCUGCAAUAAAUGUUCCGGUAGCAUUACGACAAAUCUGUCAACGUGUUGGUCCUAUUUCUAAUAUUUCAAAGUGCUACCAAACGCCAGCCAUCGAUUCUUCAUGUUCCGAAGACAAGAAAGGGGGCAGUUUCUAUAAUGUUGCUGUAGAGGUUUCAACUCAUUUCAACCAAGUAAAGCUGAAAGAUGAGCUUUUGAGGAUAGAAGAUGAUAUGGGACGUGUUCGAGAUUUGAAUGACAAGUUCGCGCCACGCUGUAUAGAUCUGGACAUAUUGUUCCAGGCGAGUAGCACUCCUGCUAGUGGAGCUCAGACUUGGCUAGACGUGAAGGAUAUUAAACGGUUUCCUCACGUCACAGUUCCAAUAUCUGAUAUCAAACCACACUUCAAAAGUGAUGCCACGGCUGGAGCGUCCAUUCUUUUGCUGGCUCAGCAGCUUACUAAGUUACGUGUUCCUUAGGAUUACUUCCCGCAAAUUGAGCUUGAAAUUCCUGAAGGGGAAUUCGGAAAGGCAACUGAUGCUUGUGUAAAUGAACCUGGUGUAAAACUUAAUGGUUGUAUCCAACAGAAGGCAUGCAGCAAUGAUGAAAAUACC